GAAUCAACACAACCAGCAAAAACACCUCGUGCGCCAAAAUUGCUUCUUUGUCCUGGACUCGGUUCUGAAGCCAGCUGCUGCUCGACGCUCACAUCAAUAGCGUCUGACGACUGUACGAGUGCGCGCGCGCGCCUGCCCGAGCUCGCGCGUCAGCAGAGGCUGAGUGCGGGCGGCUCCUCCAGACCAGAACCGGACCCGAGUCCGCAGAUAUGGGAACCUUCCGGCUGAGAUGAGUAUCUGCUCCUCGCGGUCUCUGGAAGUUGCGUAACUUUUCCCGACAGUCUCCAGUUUCUCGCGGUUUCAGGAAAAUGGUUACGUUUUCAGGGUUGGUCUUUUUGUGCUUGCUCCGAGCUGCGGUCCCUCAGGACCCUCGUGGACCCAGGCCCGUACCCCGGCCCGGCGACAGCCCGCAGCCGACCGUGCCUCCACUCGAACCCGAGCCCACGCCGAGACCUGAAGGUUGUGAGACUGGGACCGUUGACUGUCCCAUCAAGCUCUUCUUCACCAUUGACACCUCCGAGACCAUCGCCUUGCAGGAGUCCCCGCCCGGCGCCCUGGUGGAGGACGUGAAGGAGUUCACCAAGAUGUUCGUGGAGAGGCUUGCUGAUGAGGAGUACAUGGGCCGCAUCCAGAUCGUCUGGUCCAUAGGAGGCCUCCACUUCUCCCAGACUCAGGUGGUCUUUAGCCAGUUCACCACCAAGGAGAACUUCAUCAGGAGCCUCCGUGGGAUCCGAUAUCUGGGGAAAGGCACCUACAUCGACUGCGCCCUCAAAAACAUGACACACCAGCUGACCCGUCGCUUCACAGGGACGAAGGCCGUGCUCUUCUCUGUGGUCAUAACUGACGGACAUGUGACGGGGAAUCCAUGCGGGGGGAUCAAGGCGACGGCGGAGAGGGCCCGGGAGCAAGGCAUCCAUGUUUUCUCCGUGGCAGCGUCCAGAAACAUUGAUGAGUUAGGAAUGAGGGAGAUCGCCAACUCUCCCUAUGAGCUGUACCGCGACGACUACAUGGCCGUGGAGAUCGUCGAUGGGCGACCGAAGAUGAAGACUGAGUCGAUCGAUCGCAUCAUAAAAGCCAUGAAAUAUCAAGCCUAUUUACAGUGUUACUCACACAAAUGCCUUGAAAUGCCUGGAAUCCGAGGGCCGAAAGGAUUUCGAGGCCCAAAAGGUAUAAAAGGAGAAAGUGGGCCACUUGGACAAAAAGGUGAAAGGGGUGCACAGGGAGAUCCUGGCAUCGAAGGUCCAAUUGGACGACCUGGUUCAAAGGGAGAAAUCGGCCUAAAAGGUGAAAAGGGGGAAAUCGGAGAAAUUGGAGCAAAGGGAGGGGCAGGAGGAGCUGGCAGGAACGGAACCGACGGACAAAAGGGUAAACUGGGCCGAAUAGGAACUCCUGGUUGCAAAGGUGAAGCAGGUGACCAGGGACCACAUGGCUACCAAGGAGAAGUCGGGGACUCGGGGCCACCAGGUGAAAAAGGCACAAAGGGUGACCCUGGCCUCCCUGGGAAACCAGGCCGACCAGGUUCUGGGGGUGAUCCAGGAUCAAAGGGCGAAAGAGGACAUCCUGGAAAUCCAGGUCUCCCAGGAGUUAAAGGACUUGUGGGGCCUAAUGGUUUACCUGGACCCAAAGGCUGGGAGGGAAGGAGAGGGAACCCUGGAAGAAAGGGAACGCCAGGGCGUGAUGGGGUAAAAGGAGAUAAGGGAGAACGAGGGCCACAGGGAGGUAGAGGUCGGCCCGGAGAAGACGGACUCAAGGGCGCCAAGGGAGACCAGGGGCUGCCAGGACCAAGGGGUCAGCCAGGACAGUCAGGGGACCCAGGAGUAAAUGGCACCAAGGGAAAUCCUGGAGAACCUGGACCGAGGGGAAACUCUGGAUCCGUCGGACCAAAGGGAGACAUUGGAAGACAAGGAUUCAGCUAUCCAGGACCGAGGGGGCCCACGGGAGACAGAGGUGAUCCAGGCAGAAGAGGACCAAGGGGAGGCCGAGGGGAAUGUGGGGCCAAAGGAGAUCCUGGAGAAAAGGGUCAACCAGGAGGACCAGGGAAACCAGGCGAGCCAGGUCGACCAGGAGAGCGAGGACCUCAAGGAGAACCUGGAAGUGAUGGAAAGCAAGGACCCGUGGGCGAUCCUGGACUCACUGACUGUGAUGUCAUGACUUAUAUCAGGGAGACCUGUGGUUGUUGUGACUGCGAGAAGCUCUGUGGAGCUCUGGAUAUUGUAUUUGUGAUUGAUAGCUCAGAGAGUGUCGGCCUGACAAACUUCACCCUCGAAAAGAAUUUUGUUGUCAACACCAUCAACAGACUGGGAUCUAUGGCCAGCGACCCUGCAUCGACAACUGGCACCAGAGUUGGAGUCGUGCAGUACAGUCACAACGGGACCUUUGAGGCCAUACGUCUCGACGACCCCAACAUCAAUUCCAUGUCCGCCUUUAAAACGGCGGUGAAGAACCUGCAGUGGAUCGCCGGGGGCACCUACACGCCAUCGGCCCUCAAGUUCGCCUACGACAACCUCAUCAGGGACAGCAAGCGAGCCAGAGCGAGGGUGUCCGUGGUGGUGAUCACCGACGGCCGCUUCGACCCCCGCGACAACGAGGAUCUCCUCCAGUACAUGUGUGAGGACGACAGCGUGGUGGUGAACGCCAUCGGGGUCGGCGACAUGUUUAAAAAGGAGCAGGAUGACGAGAUUCUGGGCUCGAUAGCGUGCGGCAAGAAGGAACGUGUCACUGAGAUGAGGCGAUACGCUGACUUGGUUGCUGAGGAUUUCAUGGAGACAUUGGAGACCGUGCUUUGUCCAGAACCAGUGAUUGUCUGCCCCGACCUUCCCUGUAAGAGUGAGCCAGACGUAGCUCCGUGUGCCAACAGACCAGUGGAGUUGGUUUUUCUACUCGAUGGCUCAGAGCGCAUGGGAAUGAAGAACUUCCAGCACGCCCUGGAACUUGUGCAGAAGGUGGCAGACCGACUGGUACUGGCUCAGAGCAGGACAGAUUCAAUGCGAGCCCGCGUGGCACUGCUAGAGUUCGGGAAGGAGAGCGAGAACCGCGUGGCCUUCCCUCUGACGCACGACCCCGCUGUUAUUGCUGACGGUAUCGAGCGCUUGACUUAUCUGGAUUCUUCCUCCAGCGUGGGGCCUGCCAUCCUCCACGGCAUAGACAACAUCCUGAGUAAAGGAAACGUUCGGCAAACCAGGCGCAAUGCAGAGAUUUCGUUUGUCUUCAUCACGGACGGCAUCACUGACACUGAGAACCUGGACGAGGCGGUUAGCGCCAUGCGUGGAGCACAGGCGGUCUCCACAGUCAUCGCCCCAGGAAGUGAUGUUGACCAAGAAGUGUUAAUAAUGCUGGCCAUGGGUGACCAGGAAGCCAUUUUUAAAGGAAAAGACCUCUCUGAUCUGACCCGGUCCAGUUUAUUUGAACGUUUCAUCAAGUGGGUAUGUUAGAGAAACCCUGUGUGAAGAUGAAUGUGUUCUGGUGCUAACAUUAGCAUUUUAAUACAGGUUUAUUAUGACCUACUGCACUUUGCAAAACAUGUCACUGCACUCCUUUACUAUGAGGCUUUAAUGACUUAAGAUAAUAAACAUGCACUUUGAGAAUUUACAGAUAAAAGCAA